AUGUCGAUACUUCAGGGCUCGAUAAGAAAUGACAAAGAAGCCUUGGUUGAAGUGAAUAUUAACGACAUUUUAUGGGACGAAACGAAAGGAAUGGUUCUACAUCCUGCAGUUAUCGGUGGUUUACUUCAGGCACCCGGCGCACUCGGACUUUCUGAUUUAGGAGUAAAUAUCUUACCCAUUCAAAUCAGAAAGUUGAGAGUUUAUGGUGGGGCACAAAAGAAGAUGUAUAUUCACCUUCAGUCGAUGCUUUCGUCCAUUACAUCAAUUAAACCAAGACCAAGUCGAGAUGAAGAGGUUAAUGUUGUUGUUCCAUUGACUGACAAUAAUAAAGAUAUAGAGAAGUUAAGAGAAACACUAAAUGAAUAUAGAUAUGUUGCCAUAAUUAUCAAUAGUGAUUUUGAUGAGAAUUAUGGUGGAAUUGAAAGACAGAGAGCUGUUUCUGAUUAUUUAUUAUGGUUAAAAGUUGUAGUGGAAUGUAUUAACGAAGGUAAUGAAAAACAUGAUAUAUCUCGACUUUUAAUUGCUUUCUAUAAUACAUGGACUAUAGAUGAAAUGAACACCAAAUCUACAAUCAUGAUACCAGAUAAUAUUAUACAUUCAUCUUUAUGGGGAGGAGCACGAUCUAUUCAAAGAGAAUUAGGAACAUUAGCUACCCAUUUGUUAGAUCUCCGUGAAUUGGAAGAAACAACAGAUAUUGAACAGUUGUUGAUAGUCUUUGACAAACUGGCUUCUGACUGGCUACAUAAUGUACCAGCAUCUAAUAAGGUAGUGGUUCCAAUAUCUUGUUGUAUGCCUCUAUCAUCAAUACCAUUCUACAAACCAGGUUUACUUUCAACACUUGUCAGUCUUUGGACAUUGGCUUCUAGUGUAAAAGUUAAAAAGAUAAUAGUUUUACGAGAAAGAAGUUGUGUUGACGAGGAAUUAUUUCUAUCCUUACUACGAUACGGAAAAGUGGAAUAUAAACUACUUACUCCAGAAGAAUUGUCAGAAGAAACACAACAGUGGAAAAAGAAACAAAUGAUUUGUUUUAUGCAGCUAGACAAAUCACAUGUAGAUAUCAUUAUGAGAAAAAAUUUCAUCAUAAAGAUUUAUGCCUUUUCAAGUCUCUUACCGACUACCAUUGCAGCAAUCUUAAGAACUCGACUUUCCAGGAUUAGGAUACAUAGAGUGAACGAAAACGAUAUCUUCUCCAAAAGUAAUAUCAGUGCUGCAAUUCGUCAUGGUAUCUACGGAUGGCUUAACAAAAACUUUCAAAAUACUAUAAACCAGAGAAAUGUUUUCCCAAAUUUACAAGACCCAAUACAAAAAUUAUUCACCAUGACCCAUCUUGAUCUUCAAGACAAAAUUGGAUUGGAAGUUUCUCUUCAUUUAACACUUAGUAGAUUAUUAAGUAAAACCAGUGUUGUUGGUGGUCUAACUGGUUUAGGUUGGCAAUGUGUUCAGUGGUUGGCCACACAUCAAGCUGGUUAUGUCUUAAUUUUUAAUAGAAGAACUCCAAAUGAAGAGAACACUGCUUCAAUUGAAGAAUUUUCCAGAUCAACAUCUUGUACCAUAGAAUGUUAUUCAGUAGAUGUAGUGAAUCUUAGUUCUGUUACUGGAGCUAUACGUACAUUCAACAAAACCUAUUCCGAUGUUCGCAUAAAAGGUGUACUUCAUGGUGCUGGUGUAACACGAGACUCAUCUCUAUUUAAAAUGACUGAAGAACAUAUGACAGAAUGUUUCAACCCAAAGAUUUCCGGAGCAUGGAAUUUACACCAGGCUACCAUGUAUAUGAAUCUUGAUUUCUUUAUACUACAUUCAUCCAUCACAGCUGUCCUUGGUGCACCUGGACAAAGUAAUUAUGGUGUUGGGAAUGCUUUUCAGGACAGUUUAAUAUCUGUAAGAAAAAAAUUAUCCCUACCUAUACAGACGUUGAACUGGGGACCAUUGGAUAUGGGAAUGUUAGAAAAGGGAAAGGGAAAUGAUAGAACAAGAAUGACUAUAUCCAGUACUGGUUACCAUUUGAUUGGAAAUAGACGAAAUAGAUGUUUGUCUUGA